CCCCCUUGGGGGGGGGGGGCCCCCCCCCCCCCCCCUGCACAUAGCUCCCUUUCCUGUGUGUUCCCAUGAGGCAGAGCAGAGAGACACUGGUGUCGGCCUGGCUCCGAGACUGUGGAGGCGCUCUCCACCGUGCACACCGCGGGGCCUCAGGCACAGACAGGCCUGGCGACCUCGCCCAGGCCCGGCCAGGACCGAGGUCUGCGCAGCAGCUGGCCAGCCAGUGUUAGGUGCGCUGUCCCCUUGCCACUUUGCACAGUGGGGCCCUGCUGGGGCCUGGCCUGCGGCCCCAGGGCAUCACUCAGCUGUGUCUUGUCUGAGCUCCUUGUGGUGUCUUGGCGACUGUUGAGGAUGAACCCCAACACCUCUUCUGCCCCUUUCCAGUUCUCAUGCAUGCGCCCCUCAGCCCCAGAGUGUGCAGACCUGUGUGCAUCAGAGCACAGGGGUGAGGCUCACUCUUGUUGUGUGGAGGUAAAAUGGUGAGGAGGAGAGGGCCUAUGGCUGGUCAUCUGUGGCCUGGAGACAUCUCUGCUUCUACCCCAGCUCUGCUUCUCCAAUCCUUGGACUCGCUUCUAGUUUCUAGGCCCAAACAGCCAGUGGUUUCAAUGGAGGCAAGCCUGGACAGCAGGGCUCCCUCCAUGCACUGCUUGCUGUGUGGCAGGGCCGGCAGCGGCACGCACACGCACACACACACACCCCCCGCUGGGCAGGCCCAGCUGGCCAGGGGACUGCUGUGCUGAUCGGUUGGGUCAUGACAUCGAUGUCUCAGUUGCACAUGGUUCGCGUAGAGCACUCUGAGCUGCUUCCGGUCUGCCAAGGUGGAGAGCUCCUUUGGCUUGUCCCAUUAGCUUGCUGCGUGUCGGUCUGCAGUGCCGCCUGACCCCUCGAGCUCCCCUGUCCUCUCCUGCUGUGGGGUACAGGGUUGCCCGUGGAGAGCCCCUCGUGGCUAGCAUGAGGCUUUUCCUGCCAGUCCCAGCGGAGGCCUCAACAAGCCAAGACCAACUCAUCUUGGUAGUCAGCAGCUCAGACAGUAGAAGUGGAUCCAGUUUGGGGAAGACUAGGGAAAUGACUGGAUUUUAACAGAAGUAGAAAGUCACCGAUUCUCUCUUAGUGACUUGGGGCUCCCAUUCUCAUCCCAGCUCUCCCUAGAAAGCUGCUAGAAGUUUGUGAACUGUGGGAAGUUCUGCCGCCCGCCCCCAGCUUGUCCCAGCAGCUCUGAGGCAGAUGUGUUGCAGCUGGAUGUUGUUCCUGGCUAGUUGUUUACAUUUGUGAGAAGUAACACUGUGAAUGUGAAAUUUGGAGCCAUUCCCAUUGGAAUUUGUGUCACUGGACUCAGUGUAGAGACUAAUUGGCCUCUUGUUCACCGCAUCAUCUAAAACAGUGGGUGCUUAGCACAGGGGCUGGAGCCCAGCUCUGGCCAUAGGCGCCAACCCAAAGACUUGUGUGUCCCAGUAGAGAUCUGGCCGUGUGUGUGGAUGUGUGCACACCCACCCCUGCAUUUACACAUACACGCCUCAUGUCAGACACACAUGCCCUCCAAGAACACCUGUGUCCUGGACUGGAGCAGCUGCGAGUGGAACUCGGUAGGAAGGGUCUGUGCUUGGAGAAGUCCGUGAAGAAAGUGACCCAGCUCACCAGCUGUGCACACGGGAUCAAGGUUUAUCAAAUUCCUCCAAAGCUAUGGGUCCCAAAUUGUAUCAGAAACGUCAUUUUGAUCGUCAGGUAUUUUGGGGGGAGGCAGGGUAGUGUUUUUGUUUUCCUGCUGGUACUAUCAGGAAAGAUUUUAAUGAAACCAGGGUAGAAUUGUUUGGCAAUGCACUUAAGCAUGUUUCCUCUCCAAAUCGUUCGUCCCUUCCGCUGCUGGCCCCGCUGACACAUGGAGGUGACUUCCAGCUGCAAGUACCCUUUCUCAUACUCUUGCUUUUCACCUGCAUGUGGACCCACCAGGAGGAAGAGUGGAGUGGAAGCGCCCCCAGACACCCAGAAUGUACCCACCAGGGAGCUCCUCCCAUGGAGCCGGGGCCGCAGUGUCCUGGCCUGGAGCUCCUCAUGUGGGCGGCUCACACAUCAAUAACUGCCUGGCUCUUGGCUACCUGGCGUUGCGGGGCUGGCGUGGACUUGGCUCUGUGCUUGUGAAGUACAGUUCCUCUUCCUCCCUGUGAGCGUCCUUCCCUGUCAGCCUCCUCACAUAGGCCUGUGCCUCCCUCUCUGCGCAGGGUGCUGGGUGCAGGGACCAGAGCGGCUGGCUGGGUGAACUUAGUGUCCCCUGGAAGGGAUGUGUGGGAGCAGUAAGGCCUGGAGAGCUGUUGGGGCUGGUUGGAGGGCUCAAGGUGGCCAGGAGAAAAGAAGACUGCCCUUGUCCAGCCCAGAGUGUGUGUGGGGAAGGAGGGACUUGGAGAACCUUGUGACCCCGGGAGGUACCUGAAGGCUCAGGGCCAUCUUCCCUGUGUGCCUGUCAUGUUUCAGUGCCGUCACAGAAACCUCGCCCGCCCCCAAGUGUUUCAGGGAGCAGAUCUUCCACUGCACGCGGUGGGUGGGCUGUGGGCAGCAGGAACCGGGCUGUGAGCAAGCAGGCUGCGGGCAGCGGCUGUGAUGGGAGCAUCCCGGAGCGCCACCCAGCCCUGACUGUCCACUUCCGAGAGGAAGGACUGGCAUCAGAUGUAUAUUCAAAUUUUUUUAACUGCUGCAAAUGUUGUACAUUCAAAUUAAAGGAAUAAUCAAACCACCUGUUGUUGCUGUGUGGGGCUCACUCUCCUUACUGAGAACCAUUUCCCCUGUGGCCAGCGAGGCCAGUGCUGCCCGCAGCCCUGUGACACUGCAGGCCAGGCAACACGAGCGUGUGGAGAGGAGGACUGGGCCCUCCUGUGCUUCCUGCAAACACCGUCCUACGCCGUGGGGGCCUUGCUGCCUAGCAGGCGCGGGCUGCAAGAGCGCUGAUGGUGAGUGGCUCCGCAGGCUCACCUCGGCCCUCCUGCGUGGGCCUCCCCUGCUUCCACAGUGGUCCCAGGGCACUAGAAGUGUGGAAGGGGUUGUGUCUGUGCUCCUGGCUCAGCUGGACUUGGCUGGCCUCCCCACCUCUUGCCUGGCUGCUGUGUGUGCAGUGCCCAGCCUGUCCUUUUUAGCUCGUCAGUCCUUCCUCUCCUCUAAGAAGUCCCCUGCUCAGCUCAGCAGGGCCGCCUUCCUGAGCUCAUGGUGCCCUCCUCAGCCUUGGUGGCCUGUAUGGUAGUGAUCCUGGGGCACAGGUGCUUUGCCCACCAGCCUGCAGCAGUGGACACCUCAGGCUGAGGGCUGCCUGGGGCAGGGCGUGAGUGUUCCAGAUGGCCCGCGUCACUCCUCUGUGCUCUGUCCCCACAGCAGAGCUGGCCCUGUGGCCAGUGCCAGGAGAGAGGGUAAGGGCCAAGGCAGAUAAACUGGGGACCUCCUGGAGCUCGGGUCCCCUUACUCUGCACAGGAUGGCGAGCACUCGGCCAGAGGCUCUGGAGGACGCCCCACCAGGUUUCACUGUCCCCUCAGUUACUGUAAGUGUUCAACUCCCUGCAUCUGUCUCCUCAUUGGUGGCAACCCCAGGGCCCCAGUGGCCUCGGACUUCAGCGCUGCCUGUGUUCUGGUCACUUCAGGGAAACUGAGCUCCCCUUCCUAGCCAGAUGUGUGGAUAGCCAGACCCUGGCACACCUGGCCAGUAUGGCUGGUGUUUUUAAAAAUGGCCUGGUCCCGAUGGAAAACAGCCCUCAGCAGGGCUGCCCACAGCACACUGCACUCAGUGGCUGCAGUGGUGUUUUGUUUCCAACAGUGACCACUUGGCUCCCAAAAGUAUUGUGAAAUCAUUCCCUGAGUGGAGUCUGGAGUCUGAAAGUGGCGGGUGAGGUGAGAAGCAGGGCCACAGCUCGCCUCCAGCUUCAGGCUUCCUGGGAGCACAGAAGGGGCCAGGUGCCCCCGUGGCACCAUGCAGCCAGCAGGCUGGGGACCCGGGUGAUGGAGCCCAGGAACAUAGCGGCUCCGGCCCUCAGUGGGCCGGGAGCACCACAGCUUGCUGUCCGGGGCCCUUCAGUGGCCAGAGGCACCUGGCUCUGGUGCCUGCCAUGUCCCUGGAGCUGUCGGGCAUCUGUGGCCCACCUGGCCCCUCAGCCACCCAGCCUGCUCCCCAUCUGCUCAGGUGGCUCAGCCCUCUGGAGGGCUUCCUCCCUGUCAUGGUCCAGCGGCAACAGGCAUCUGGGCCGUGGGCUUCUGGUGACACUGUUGGCUCAGGACGGGCCUGACCGCAGGGGCGGAGGGCCACAGCAAGCAGUCUGGGAGGAUGGCAAGGCCCAGCACAUGAACCAGGCACAGACUUCCUGUCCCCUACUGACCCAGGCAGCCUGGUCCUGAGCUGCUGGGACAGGCAGGCCAGUCCUGAGGAGCAUGGCCCAUCACACCCCACUGAGAUGGCAACCCUUCCUGUCGCCCACUCCUGGGCAGCCCUGGCUCCUGCGACCUAGGCUGGGCUGCCUCCCAGCCAGGCUGCCCUCGCACUGCCCCUACCCUACCACACACACUGCCUGUUUCCCAGCAGUGGCCAAGGUCUCGGUUCUCUAACCUCCAAAUUCCCCUGUCCCCAGCAGAGGCUCAACUCAAGGCUGCAGGGGCUCGGCUUCCUUCAGUAGGUCAAGCCCUGCACCACAUCCCCAGUCAGCCCUGGUUUCCUGCAGCAGGGCAGCAACCAUCCAUGCCAAGUGAAUAAGAGUGUGUAGGGUUGGGCCCAGCCUUGUUAGAGGGGAGACAAAGAGCCAGAGAGCACAAGUCUCCCACUGUGCAGCAGGACCAGCCUGAACCCUUGUGUGCUCAGGCCUCCCAUGAUGCUCCUGCUGAGGCCUGACUGCCCCUCUCCCUGCAGGUGCUGCCGAGUACCCAGCCCCAGGCCCUCUGCCUCCCAGUCCCGCAGUGUCUGAGGGUCCCAGCAGGUCAUGCAGCUGUGCCAAGCUGCUCUGGCUGCGGUCCCCACAGGCCCUGCCGGCGUUUCAGUCCUUCAGCCCGGUGCGGGUGAGAGCCUGUGCCCAGCUUUGCCCUCACUCUGCCUUUGCCCCACGUGCCUGGCUCGCGCCCCCCAACAUGUCUGCCUUGGGGUCCAAGUCUGGCUGGCCCUUCCCAGUGCCACACCAUCUGGCCUGAUCUCCUGCCUCCAACCAAAGCUUGCCUUUGCCCUGUGCUGUCCUCGUCCCCCAGCCUGUGCUGAAGGUGCCUCCAGCAUGGCAGCGGCCGAAGUGCCCGGCUACCUUGUGUCUCCUCAGACGGAGAAGCACCGGCGGGCCCGCAACUGGACGGACGCUGAGAUGCGAGGCCUUAUGCUCGUCUGGGAGGAGUUCUUCGACGAGCUCAAGCAGACCAAGCGCAACGCCAAGGUGUACGAGAAGAUGGCCAGCAAGCUCUUUGAGAUGACGGGCGAGCGCCGGCUAGGCGAGGAGAUCAAGAUCAAAAUCACCAACAUGACCUUCCAGUACAGGAAAUUAAAAUGCAUGACAGAUAGCGAGUCGGUCCCGCCGGACUGGCCCUAUUACCUAGCCAUUGAUAGGAUUCUGGCCAAGGUCCCCGAGGCCUCUGAGGGCAAAGUGCCGGACGGCCAGCAGCCGGGGCCCUCCACGUCUCAGACCGAGGCGUCUCUGUCGCCGUCCGCUAAGUCCACCCCUCUGUACUUACCGUAUACCCAGUGCUCCUACGAAGGCCGCUUCGAGGACGAUCGCUCCGACAGCUCCUCCAGCUUACUGUCCCUUAAGUUCAGGUCGGAGGAGAGACCGGCGAAGAAGCGCAAGGCACAGAGCGGCCACCUGCAGAGGAAGAAGCUGCGGUUGCUGGAGGCCAUGCUGGAGGAGCAGCGGCGGCUGAGCCGCGCCAUGGAGGAGACCUGCCGCGAGGUGCGCCGUGUGCUGGACCAGCAGAACAUCCUGCAGGUGCAGAGCCUGCAGCUGCAGGAGCGCAUGAUGAGCCUGCUGGAGAAGCUCAUCGCCAAGUCCAGUGGCUAGGCCGGCCGGGCUGCCGGGACCUGGGACAUGGGCCGGGAUCUACCGUCCUAGAGCACUCUCUCCAGGAGUCGCUCUCGGUGACACUCAAGGUGGCUUUGGAUAUUAAAUGUGUACUUUUCAGUA